GAGCGCGCGCGCCGACGUCAGUCAGAGUACAGAACGGAGCGGGAUCCUGGCGGCCACUCACGCAGCCAAGAGGACCUCUUGGGAACAAUUUUAGCGGCUUCUUCCUUGAACGCAACACGAAAAUUCACCAAUGUCGGACGGUAACGAAGACGUCCCGACGUCUGAGGAGACGCUGGUGGAAGAACAGGAGGUUCAGGAUAAAAUGACCAAUCCAGAAAAAGCAGAGGAGGCCAAACUGAAAGCCAGAUACCCAAACUUGGGAAAUAAACCAGGGGGUUCCGAUCUGCUGCGUAAACGUCUUCAGAAGGGGCAAAAAUACUUCGAUUCGGGCGACUACAACAUGGCCAAAGCCAAGAUAAAGAACAAGCAGCUGCCGACGGCGGCGGCGCCCGAGAAGACGGAGAUCACGGGGGACCACAUCCCCACCCCGCAGGAUCUACCCCAAAGGAAACCCUCCCUGGUGGCCAGUAAACUAGCAGGCUGAUGGCGCCCUGCUGCAACUCAAGAUCAUGUAACAUGACCCCUCCCACUCAUUACAAGACCACCUGUUUACCCACUCAGCAGGAAAUGCUGCUUUGCCAGCUCUUGUAUUCCACUUCAUUGUCCCUCCCUUUCCCUUGCCGUGUAUAUUUUCCAUUUGUCUUUAUUCUUCUCAUGUAAGAUACACUGAAAGACAGCACGCCAUUGAGGGCAAAAAAGGCCAUAAGGCGGGAAAGUGUGUUUGUGUAUAUAGUACAUUUCAUUUUGUUAGGCACCAGGGCAGGCAUCAGCCUUUUAGCAUUUUACAUCCCAUUUGUAUUAUUGUUCAUUAUAUUUAUCUGUCAAUGAAUGCAGGGUUUUCCUCAAACUUAAGAAAUCUAGCUGCUCUCCAGAUUUCUAUGAAGGGGUAUUAGGGCCAAACAAAGGAGAGGAAAAAAUAGGAAAAUCAAGUCACAAUAUUACAAAUUGAAAGUUCAAAUAUUACGAGCAUAAACAUUGUAAUACUACAAGAACGAAGUAAUAUUUCGAGAAUAAAGUCAUAUGUUGUAAUUUGUGAAAAGAAUAAUAUUACAAGAUUAUUUACGAGGAAAGAAAUCGCAAUAUUACGAGGUUAAAGUCAUCACUUUUCUCGUAAUAUUGUGACUUCUUAUAAUACAAGUUUCUACUCGUAAUAUUAGGUAAAGUUACCUAACAUUACAACUCUCUCGUGAAAUUACGACUUUAAUCUUGUUAUAUUAGGUAAAGUUGCGUAACAUUAACAGCUUUUUUCUCGUAAUAUCGCGACUUUUUUCCUCAUAGUAUUACUUUAUUCUCGUAGUACUUUUUCUUUCGUUGUUUGGCCCUAAUGCUGCGUCAUAGAUUUCAAACCUGCUGAAAUGCAUGAUACAAUGUAACUUUGGCUCACCAACACUUUCUUGUCUUAGCAUCAAUGAGCGUGAAUGUCUUUUUGCGUCGUCUGUCUGGUAUUUCACAUAUCUAUUUCUCGCGCUAAAUUAGCUCCCUGUAUGCCAUGAAAUUCAACGCCGUGAUAUGAACGUAGGCUCGAAUGCUUUGAUUUCUUUUCAUUUUGAAAUUGUUUGUGAACCAAAAUUUCACUGUAUUUCAUUACAACACACACUCACUGUACAUAAACUAUUGACGAAGCAGACAUGCUAGAAUUUUAAUUUCACAUUUUCUAAGUUAUGUCUUACAGCUUUAGUCAAAAAUUGAAUUUUGAAAAAUUGAUUUGUUUAGACUUUAGAAUUUGAAGGCAAUGAUAUUUUAAACAAAUUGGCUUAAGGCAUAACAGUGGAAAUAGUGAAAUCAUGUGAAUACUUUCCUGAUGCACUAUACAUUGAAAGAAUUAUCUAUGAUCAGUAAAAUCGCUUACAGAACAAAAAAAUGACCCUAACCCAUUUUGGUUUGGCAAACAUCUUCAUGUCACUGUCAAUAUGCUCUAUUGAUUUGACGGAAAUGGUAUUAAAGCUCCAAGCAGUGAUGAACGUGCCCUCGCAAAGCCUUGUAAGAUUAUUAAACUUUGGCACUGUGUCCCGCCCACAUUAAAAUGGAAUUGGUAGAAAAAGCCUGGCAAUUUGGCUGCUUGGGUUAUGACUAAUUUAGGAAUAAACUCUAAUUGGAGUAAGGAAUUGGCCUACAAUGGUUACUUCUAACUGAAAAUUGACUCUUUGUGUUACAAUAGACGAUCCAGUUUCAUGACGGUUGUUGAUACUUGGCCAAUUAAUUCACUACCACACGUCACAAGAAUCCCCUUCUUUCACGCGCCACAGAAUAUUGUGUUCUAUAGCUACGUGAACACUGAACUUACAAAAUAAAGAUGACAUUAGCAUCUUUUAUCAAUAAAAAACAACUUUUUUUCGUUUAGUUAAGAGCAGUUAACCAUAAACAGCAUUGUUUAUGACUGCUAGCAAAUGAGUUAAUCAACCCUUUUCAAAUCAGAAAAAGAAAAAAUGCCAUGUUUUUAAUUUGCCAAUUUGUAAUAAUAAUUUUAAAUUUACAACAGAUUAUAACAGUAUUGCCAUUCAAACUUUUUUCCCCCCAUUUUUGGGCGGGCGAGGGGGAGUUUAACACUACAAAAACAACGUAUUGUAAAACUUAUCUCUAUCUUUUAGUUGAUGCGUUAAGGGACCAUAAAAAAGUGUCAUUAUUUUCCUGUUUUUGUUUUUUAAUUGAAUGCCCUGCUAAUCAGUUUUCAGAUUUUUUUUUUCCUGAAAAAUAUCCAAAUCCAAAAUUGAAAUUGGUGUCGUGGGAUUACAUUUUUAGCUAGCCAGGAGUUAUGAAGUUUUCAAGUGUUUUUGUGGGGUUUGGGUCCACAACAACCUCAAUGCAGAGAGCAAUUGAAACAUGUUUUUUUGAUUGUCAGAGUCUGAAUUCAAAUUUUAAUUGGGGUUUCUGUCAGAACACAUACCUUAGUCGUGUUUCUGAGAAUAGCCCACAAGAUAAUAAAAAUAAAAAUAAAAUAUACUUGUGAAAAAGUUUUCAGCAUUAAAACUCCCAAAAAGGCAGUUUAUGGGAAAAGUAACAAAGAGAUUCCAAAGCGGACCUAAUAAUCGAGUGGCUAAACUCAGGGUUGAGACUGCUAAAUAACAUAUUGAAAGUCACUCCCACAAGCAGGAAAGUUGCCUUCAGCAUGAUGACUAACAGAUUUGAUUUGUAACUGUCUUAGCUCAAGGGAUUCUCCUUCCCACUUGCUUGAAUGUAGGACGGAAGCAGCUUUGCGCUAAAAUGCCGACCUUUCCUCAUCACUUUACCAGGGUCCUCGAAGAUGAAGUUUACCUGCAGAUUGUGCUAAAUCCCUGCUAUAAACUGAUCUGAGCUGUGCAUGUAUAUGGCUGCCCUCCUGUUAAUUUGUGCCAUUUUCUUAUGUAAAUAAA